GUUUCCAAGGAGUGGCUGGGUGGAUUCUAACUACUGAUCUUUUGGUUAGUGGCCAAACUCUUAACCACUGCACCACCAGUGCUCCAUCUCUUAGUACAGUGCCUGGCAAUAUUAUAUGCUCAAUAAAUGUUUAUUGAAUAAAUGAGGAGGGAAAGGAGAUGAAGAGGAAAGAGUGGCCAACCCUAAUGAUGUCACAAAGCCAAACUGAGGAGAAGAAACACAUAUUUCUUCACUGGGAAGAAGAAAAGUAGUGUAAAUAUUUCUGUGGUUCUUACUAUCCCUGCCACCUUCACAGGUCAGACCAAUGAGGAUCCUGAAGACCAGUAAUAUCUCUGGGUCUGUGAAUGAGUUCAUCCUCCUGGGCUUCCCCUGCCGCAGAGAGAUUCAGAUCCUCCUCUUUGUGCUCUUCUCCCUCAUCUACCUCCUGACCCUCAUGGGGAACUUGUCUAUCAUCUGUGCAGUGUGGUCAAGCAGGAAACUCCACACACCCAUGUACAUCCUCCUGGUCAACUUCUCCUUCCUGGAGAUCUGCUAUGUCAGUUCUGAUGUGCCCAAAUUGUUGGCCACCAUCAUCUCCCAGACCAAGAGCAUCUCCUAUGCUGGCUGCCUGCUCCAGUUCUACUUCUUCUUCUCCAUGUGUGCUGCUGAGAGUUUAUUCCUAUCGGUGAUGUCUUUUGAUCGAUUUCUUGCUAUUUGUAGACCUUUGCACUAUCGCACCAUAAUGACCAAUCAUCUAUGUGUCCAGUUAGUGGUUUUCUGCUGGACAGGUGGCUUUCUCUGGCUAUUGACCCCUUUGUCCCUAAUAUCUCAGGUGCCCUUCUGUGGUCCAAACACCAUUGACCAUUUUCUCUGUGAUCUGGCACCCUUACUGGCAUUGUCCUGUGCUCUAGUAUCUGGAACUACUCUGACCUGUGGUAUUACUAGCUCUCUCAUUGUCUUUCUCACCUUCCUGUACAUCCUUGGCACUUACUUCUGUGUCCUCAGAGUGGUGUUGCAGGUGUCCUCAGGCUCGGGGAGGCAUAAGGCUUUCUCUACUUGUGCCUCCCACCUUGCUGUGGUGUCCUUGUUCUAUGGCUCAGUCAUGGUGAUGUAUGUUAGCCCAGGUUCUGGGGACCAUCCUGGGAUGCAGAAAUUUGUGACCUUGUUCUAUGCUUUGGCAACUCCAUUCUUCAAUCCCCUGAUCUAUAACUUUCAGAACAAGGGUAUGAAGGAGGCAUUAAAGAACAUUUUGUGUUUGUGUUUUGUGGGAAAUUUCUGAAGGAUUCAAAAAUUGAGUUUAAUAUAACACAUCAUUGAUGUUUAGAAAGGUGAAAGAUCAUGAGACAAAUGAGAUCAUGUUGUUUUCCUUCAUUUUAAUCCAUUUUCAUUCAUUGGGAAGAUGGCUUUGAAGAAUUCAUUAGGCUCAUGAUUUAGUUUUAGGAAGCUAUUUUUAUUAUGUUCCAGAUAUAUCUGGAAUUAGAUAGAAUUCUGUAUUUGAAAUCCAAUUUAAUAAAUUUUCAUAUUUUUCUCUAUAACUGAAAUUCUGACUAUUCUUUUGGUUUUCAUUAGAUACUGCUUGGUGUAUCUCAACAUCCUAAAAUUCUGUCUUUAUCAAAGCAAAUUGUUCCUUUUCAGAGCAUAGCAACUAGUGAAUGUAUUGCAAAUAUGCAAAUAGUUUACCAAUAAUCCUUCAGAUUGAAAAAAAUACUCUAAAUAUCAUGAACAAUUUUUAGCAGUACUGUAACCUGACCCUACAAAUGCCAGUAAAUUUCCAUUAGUCCUUAAACUAGUCAAAGCCAAAUUUGGCCCAUUCUGCAUGCUCUGUAGGGCCAGCUAUGGCCACUAAUUGACCUCAGCAGAGGUUGCAGCAACUGGUGGAAUGAAUCAGAAGAAAAAUCAUCACCUGGACCCUAUUCC